AUGGCUCCAACUGCAGAAGUGAUAAAACCUAAUUCCACCGACUUCGAUUUAGAAGAAGCGGUAGUAAGUAUUGCUCGCUUGAAUACAAAUAGCAAAAAACGUGAUUUCAGAUCUUCUUAUAAGGGUGGUUUUGCUGACUCAUGGGUUGAGAGGUUGCCUAGUACAACUCGAGAAAGGUUAGAGAAGGCCGGUGUUGACUUGUCAAGAGGAUAUCCAGAAAGACCCCCAACUGAAGAUAUUCCCAUCUUCCUUGACCAAGCAGAAGCCAUAAGAAGCACAGAAACACCUUACAUUGAACGAGGCAAGAAUGCUGAUCCUGAGAAAAAGGCAUUAUUUAGUGCCGCCAAGGAAGUUAGAAAUUUAACCAAGCAUAUUGGUACCGAGAUUAUCGGUUUACAAUUGAAGGAUUUAAAUGAUAAGCAGAAGGAUGAGUUGGCUUUGCUAAUCGCUGAAAGAGUAGUUGUAUUUUUCAGAGAUCAAGAUUUGUCCCCUCAAAAACAACUUGAAUUGGGAAGUUAUUGGGGGACAGUUGAAAAACAUGCUCAACAAGUUCAUGUUCCCGGACUUCAUGGAAUUACUGUUAUUUGGCAAGACUUAUUCAGAAGAAACGGUUUGGAUAUUAAUUUUAAGAAUGCCGUUGGACAAGGAACUAGUAUCUGGCACACAGAUCUUACUCAUGAAUUGCAACCACCAGGAAUCACUCAUUUGCAUAAUGAUGCAAUUCCUGAUGUAGGCGGUGACACUGUUUGGUCAUCUGGCUAUGCUGCUUAUGAUAAAUUGUCUCCAGCGUUUCAAGAAUUUUUAGAAGGUAAAACUGCUAUUUAUAUUUCUGCAAACAAAUACGUUGAUCGUGAAAAUCCGUUGAGAGGAAGUGCAAACAUUGAAAGAGAGCAUCCAAUUAUUAGAACUCACCCAGCAACUGGUUGGAAAUCUUUAUUUGUAAACCGCUCUAUGACAAGAAGAAUUGUUGGUUUGGAGCCUGAAGAAAGCAAGGUUAUCUUAGAAUACUUGUUUGAAGUUUUCGAAAAGAAUUUAGAUAUUCAGGUUAGAUUCAAUUGGAAACCAACAAAAGAAGGUUUAGGUACUUCCGCCUUGUGGGACAAUAGAGUCUCCCAACACUUCGCAGUCUGGGAUCACGAAGGAAAAGAAGAAAGACAUGGAACAAGAGUUUCAUCCUUAGCAGAGGUUCCAUAUUUUGAUCCUGAAUCGAAAUCGCAGAGAGAGGCUUUAGGAUUAAAUUGA